AUGGCUGCGCAGGUCGCUGCGGUGCGCGCCGUAUCCCGGGGCCCAGAGGAGUCACCCCCGCUACCCUCGGGGGACCGACCCGGCCGGCCCCGGGGCGCCGGCAGGAGGCGGCGGGGACCAGCUGGCGAGGCUGUCGGCGGCAAGCGGGCCAGGCUGAGCCAGCCGCUCCUGGUGGGGCCCAGCCCGGCGGAGCCAAUGCCCCCGGCCGCCCUGCCCGGCCUGCCCCCGGCCGCAGCCGCGGGGCUCUUCACCUUCUCUCCCCUCAGCCUACCGCAGGGACCUCCGCAGCAGGAGCGGCACCAUCACCACCGCCAUCGCCCCGUUGGGGACUCCGAGCCCGGCCAGCCUGCCGGGGCCAAGCCGCACAAGGGGAAGCGGGGGAGCACCGGGGACGGGGCAGCUGGGCGGCCCAGCAAGCGAGAAACUCCAGAUGAAAAUGGCAAAACCCAGCGAGUCGACAGUCUUAUUAUGAAGAAGAUAAAGAAAAAGAAGAAAAAGAAACACCGGGAGGAUAUGAGAGGGAAACGCCUUAAAAUGUACAACAAAGAAGUACAAACAGUUUGUGCCGGACUUACUCGCAUCAACAAAGAGAUUCUGACUCAAGUACAGAGUGAUAACUCGGAAGUGACCAAGGAAUCCUUCAGGUAUCUGAAGGAUGAGCAGCUGUGUCGAUUGAAUUUGGGAAUGCAGGAAUAUCGGGUACCCCAGGGAGUUCAGACACCAUUUAUGACUCAUCAAGAGCACUCUGUUCGCAGCAGUUUCUUGAAAACUGGCACUAAAUUUAGUAACUUUAUUCAUGAAGAACAUCAGUCUAAUGGUGGUGCUUUGGUCCUUCAUGCCUACAUGGAUGAACUCUCAUUUUUGUCUCCAGUGGAGAUGGAGAGAUUUGCAGAAGAAUUUCUUGCUUUGUCAUUCAGUGAAAAUGAGAAAAAUGCAGCCUACUAUGCUUUAGCCAUAGUACAUGGUGCAGCUGCCUAUUUGCCAGACUUCCUGGAUUAUUUUGCUUUUAAUUUCCCUAACACUCCAGUGAAAAUGGAAAUUCUGGGCAAGAAGGACAUAGAAACGACGACUAUUUCAAAUUUUCACACUCAGGUUAAUAGAACAUACUGCUGUGGAACCUACAGAGCAGGUCCGAUGCGGCAGAUAAGUCUUGUUGGAGCAGUAGAUGAAGAAGUUGGUGACUACUUCCCAGAAUUUCUUGAUAUGUUGGAGGAAUCUCCAUUUCUGAGAAUGACUUUGCCCUGGGGCACUCUUUCUAGCCUCCAGCUUCAGUGCAGGUCACAAAGUGAUGAUGGCCCCAUAAUGUGGGUGAGACCAGGAGAACAGAUGAUCCCGACAGCAGAUAUGCCAAAAUCACCAUUCAAACGGCGCCGAUCAAUGAACGAAAUAAAAAACCUCCAAUACCUACCUCGGACCAGUGAGCCCCGUGAAGUUCUCUUUGAAGACCGAACAAGAGCCCAUGCUGAUCAUGUAGGUCAGGGGUUUGAUUGGCAGAGUACAGCUGCUGUAGGAGUGCUGAAAGCUGUACAGUUUGGUGAAUGGAGUGUCCAACCUCGAAUAACCAAAGAUGUGGUUUGUUUCCAUGCUGAAGACUUCACUGAUGUGGUACAGAGACUUCAGUUAGACUUGCAUGAACCUCCAGUGUCACAGUGUGUUCAAUGGGUGGAUGAAGCCAAGCUAAACCAAAUGAGACGGGAAGGCAUUCGCUAUGCUAGAAUCCAGCUGUGUGACAAUGACAUCUACUUCAUCCCUAGAAAUGUCAUUCAUCAGUUCAAAACAGUGUCAGCGGUCUGCAGUUUAGCCUGGCAUAUAAGGCUCAAACAGUACCAUCCUGUGGGGCAGUCUUCUCAAAAUGCAGAAAGCAAUUCAAACAUGAACAGUAAUAUCCCUGAAAAGACCGAGUCAGAAGGUGAACCCCAAUGUGUGAGUGUAAAAACAGAGUCUGAGGAACCAGGUGUAGAAAUGCAGCUUACAACAGGGGCAUCCUCCUCCUCCUCCUCCUUAAUUUCAUCAAUAUCGGGACUCGUUCUGCAACCAGAUCAGGUGGCCCAGCCUCUUCCAGUUUUUAAACUAGAAUCUGAUCAGCAACAUAAUCCACAGGAUCACACAGACUCUUCUGUGUGAUAUGUACAUAGUCAAACACCUUUUUUAACAACUUUUUAAAAUUUUGAUGUGAAGUUAUAGUUUUAUAACUUGCUUAUGUUUUAUUGGAGAAAUCUUGCCUAUAAUUCUAUAAAGAAAGGUGACAUUCCAAAAUGUCAAGCAUAUCUUUUUUACACAGAUUAUGCAAAAGAUCAAGUUGUAUUUUACUCCCAUAGUACAGCAUGUAAUAGUGGUCUACCACUUCUUUCUGUUUAAUGAGGUAAUAAUUCAAUAUCUCCUCAUCAAAAUCAGAAUGGAAUUCCUCCAGGCGCUAAAAAUCACAGAACUAUCUUGGUAAAUCUAAUCCCCCUACUUAACUUUUUCUUUAGCCUUCACCAUAAAAGGACGACUUCUGUAGAAGACUCUCCCAUCUGAUUUUAAUUGCUAAAAUCAAAGAGAAAGCACAGCACUUUUGAUGAUCAGUGAUGUUUUGGUCUGUCUGUUCUUAAAUUCGUGGUGGAUACUCAAAUUACUAGAUGUAUAGAUCUUUUAAUUUUUAAUUGUUAAACAGUUCAUAAAAAGGUGAAGUGUGACAUCUUAUCCUGUUGAAAUGUAAUCACUUAGACACAACACUUUCCAUAGUACUGCUUGUAAUGUUUGAUGUGAGGAUUUUGCUUCCUAAAUACAUCUUUCCUGAACAUGACUAAUUCUAGUGUUAAUUUUUUUUUAAAGGCAGUCUCAUGGAGGUAACUGCAUUCUUGUCUGAGCACUUUAAAGCAUUAAAAUACUAACAACCUUGGCAGCUUGUUUUGAUAAAUUCACAAUAAGCAUCUGAUGGAAAACAUCCUCUCCCUGGUACUGAUGCACUUAAUCUAAUAGAGUUGGGUCCGUGAUAACCGAUUUAUAUUGGUUGUCCUUAUUCUCUGAAGUUCUGUAUUGCUAUUUCAAAAUAAAAUAUUAUGGCAUUGGGUUGCUGUUUCCACUUGUAGCUCUUGGGCACCCUGGUGCUGUGUUUGAAAAAUCAGUGACACAAGCUAACAUGUUGAGUGUCAUCUGCUGACAUAGUUCUUUUUAUAGUCUUAUGAUAUUUCUGGAUGUUUGUGUGAUCUGUAUUUGACUUUCACUCACCACUUAUAUAACAACUGUCUUUUCUAGUCAUCAGAAAGAAGAGUUCCCCCCACACCUAGGAUACAAACUUGAUUUUGGUGCCACUGAAGUUGUCCCCAGACAACUUCAUUGUUCUAAUUCUCACUGGGGUAGGAGGGAGAUUUCUAACAC